CAACACGGUUACUGAGGGUUACUUUAGUUCUCUCUGCAUUGACUCAACUAUCACUUCACCACCUUUAUGCACAGCGUCAGGAAAUGGAUUGAAUAUUGAUACUACAAUAGUUAUAUCUUUGAAGAUCAGCUGAAACUUUUUACAUCACCAUGAUAUUCAUCAUUCAUUAUAAUGAGAGUGUUGGUGGCAUUAGAUUGAUCCUAAGCCCUGACCAGAUUUCCCUGAAAGUGAAUGACACAAAUUGGAUAUCCUGCAUGAAAUAGCUGUAAAGAAGUGACAUGUGGUUGAUUUAUAUCUGUAACUAAGUUAAUAUGAAAGUGGCAUUUGGAGUUUGACAUCUGGUUCACAGUGGACACAUGCCAGACACAAAAUUAGCAAAUAUCCUACGAUGCAAAAGAUUUAUUCAACACAACAUUGAAGACAAUGUUAAGAAAGGACCGGAAGAGCACUAAGCUGAAGAACACACUGGGAAGUUCAGAAUCAUUUUGGUCCAGUGACACAAUUCCUGAUCCAUCGGGUUCAAAUAUCCCUCUGGUUAGAACUGAUAGGACUUCCAUUUAUAACUCAAGAACAUCGAAUAGGGUCUCAUUUACCAAUGACAUUCCUUAUUUUCACCGCAUUGAUAAGUAUAAUGAAGAAAAGGUAUGUGAAUAUGAAAGAAAGGCAUCUGAACUAACCUUACCAGUUUCUUACAAUUUGAAGAAAUUAUUCUACCGAGUUAUUCCUUUUUCCAGAUGGUUUUCCAGGUACAGAGUAAGAGCAUGGUUCAUAGGAGACUUGCUGUCUGGAAUUAGUGUAGGUCUACUGACCAUCCCUCUGUCCCUUGCUUUUGCAGUCUGCGGUGGACAACCACCUAUUCAUGGUCUCUACACAAGUUUGGUUAGCACCGUCCUAUAUUGCUUGCUUGGCACAACAAAACACCUGUCUUAUGGAGCAUCUGCAUUCACCUGUUUGCUCAUUGCAAAGGGCAUAAAUUAUAAUGAAACUCAAAAAGUGGAUUCUGAUAGUGGCUGUAUUCCAACAUGUUCGAGAGAACUACAUGUGACCACACUCACCUUUGUUUCAGGGAUUAUUUUAAUUUCUAUGGGAGUUUUUCGCCUCAGUUUCACAAGGAUAUACAUCUCCAAGCCUGUUAUGAAUGGUUUCAGAGCUGGAACAGCUUUGCAUUUAUUCACCAUCCUCCUGACUUUGGUACUUGGUAUUGAUCCACCAAUUCAUCAUGGCUCUUUAUCACUUGUCUACAAAUGCAAGAUUAUAAUUGAAAAUAUUAAUGAAACACACACUGCCUCGGUGGUCACUGGUUUAGCCACUUUGGCACUUCUGAUGCCUUUUAAAGUCAUUAACUCUAUUUAUAGCAGACAUCUCAUACCUAUAGAAUUUAUUGCAAUAAUUGCUUCAAUUUGGUUGUCAUUCUGGUUGGAACUAGAGAAUAGCCACAAUGUCAGGUUGAUAAAUGAUUAUCCAUUUACCUUACCAAAACCUGUUCUUCCUUCUUUCUCCUUAAUACCCACUGUUGCUAAAGAUGCUGUUGCUGUUGCACUGGUGACCUUUGCAGUGAGCAUUUCUCUGGGGAGAGAAAACUCCAAAAAACACAGUGAAGCUUAUCACCCACACCAAGAGACAAUAGUUUUGGGGUCUUGUGACCUGCUACUCUCAUUUCUGGGGACCUUUGCAGCUUCUGGUGUUUGGGAACAAACAGUGGUUCAAGAAAAAACUUGGGGUCAGACCCAAGCAGCUGGAUUGAUUGCAGCAAGCCUUUGUCUUACGGCCCUGCUUUGUGCAGAAAAUCUGCUUCCACUGGUGCCCAAAGCAGUUCUUGGUGCUGUUGUGAUUUCAAAUCUGGGCUGUUACCUUGAGUUCUUCUGGAAGUACUGUUUUGCAUGCAAAAAGAAUAAAUAUGAAGUUUUGGCUGGAAUUAUAACAUUUGCAGCAGUUUGUAUCCUAGAUAUAGACAUUGGUUUAGGAGUUGGCAUAUUUUUCUCAAUUUUGCUCACUCUACAUAGACUUCAGAGACCAUCCAAUGCCAUUUUAGGACAUAUUCCCAACACAGAAAGCUAUGUUGACCUAUCCAUUGAGAAAACUGCCAAAGAGAUUGUUGGAAUAAAAAUUAUAAAAACAUUCGAUUCUAUUUUUUACGGAAAUGUUGAUUUUUUAUUGUCUUGGAUAAAACUUAAAGUGAAUUCUUAUCUUCAGUCAGGUAAUUUGGGAAGUGAUAAUGAAUUAUAUAGUGAAGAAGAUAAAUAUCAUAUGUUACUGGAAUCUACACAGUUCCUUGAAUUGGAUGAACAUGCUUUGAGGCGAAUAAAUCAUACUGCAUUGUAUAGACGUCAAAUAUCAAAACAAACUGCAGAUGUUCAUACUAUUGUUUUAGAUUGUGGGUCAGUUAGUUUUGUGGAUGAUGAAGGAGUGGGUGCUUUGAUUCACCUGUCUGGGCAAUACCAAAGUAUGGGAGUUGGCUUUAUCCUUGCCAGCUGUUCAAGCAUAGUUCUGAAGUGUCUACAAGAACAUGGUUACUUCAAAUCAACAAGUCAAAGCUUUGCUUUCAGCAGCAUCCAUGAUGCUGUUUUAUAUGCCCUGCAACAAACAGCAGAGACAAACCAGAGCCCACAAGAAUCUGAAUACAUUCCCGAGACAAAUGGUGAAAUAUUAACAGAAUGUAAUACAGUUGACAUUGAGACAGGUACUAACAACAGCACAAAUACAGGGCUCUGCCAUGUGGAAGGAGAUGAGACUAAUUCCCACCAAAAGGGUGGUUUAAAAUCGAGAAAUCAGAAAAUAAUUGAAUAUGAGACUGCUUUGUAACGAAUGUCUGUUUGAAUCUUUCAAACCAUCCUAGAAUCUCUUAAGACAAUGAUCUACAUCUGACAUUGUAUUUCUGUAGCAGUAUUUUGUUAGUUCCAUUUUCCUUGUUGCAUAGUGAUGAAUUCAAAUGGACAAACUCAAAAUAAAACACCCUUUCUGACAAAUAUUAUUUGCAUGUACAUGGAGGCACCUAUCAUCAAGGAAUGGCGAAGGAUGGAAAAUUGAGUGUCAACAAGUUUGUGCAUGAUGACUUUUGGCAGACAUCUGCUGCAGCAUGUCUGAGGCAACUGCUCAGGUCCAGAGUGUAACGGCAACAAUGCCCAUCAGCAUUUUAUUAGUAAGUUAUCUCUGGCUUUGAAAUGUGCUCCUGUCGUCUUCAGAUGUUCCCGGAAGGACAAAGUCAGAUCUGGACUGAAGUACAAGCAGGUUGGGUUGGGAUCAUGCUUGAAUUUCUGACCACUUCUAGAUAUGGCAUUCCUUUUUGGCACUAGAAUUGCAGAAGUGAAUGCUCUGGCUGAAAGUGAAGGAUCACUGGUUACACUGAGAUAUGGUUUCCGAGAUUUCUUACUUGAGAGUGCAUUGGUUUGUAUUUGGCUCAGGUGAUGUUUGGAACUUCACGGCAAAGCCAGUUGGUGACAACUGAUUAUUUGGAGAAGUUUAUGAACACAUAUAGCAUUUUAUUGCUUUAUUCUGCUUUGGAAAAUUUACAUGGAUUCUGAUUACAAGUUACUGAAAUAUUUUGAUUAUUAUGUUCAUAAUGAUUAUUAAUUUUCCUGCAGCAAGGAUUAGAAAAUUCUUCACAUAGGAUGCCACAGCUGCUCUAUCUCUUGUUUAGAGAAAAGACACUCGAGCCAGGAUUGGUCAAAACUACCCGUCAAUUUUUUUAUAUAUCUCGCUCUGAUAUUGAACAUAUGCGAACUGCUGUUCUCUCUCUUUUUGUGACCUUUUGAGCAACACUGUUAAUUUGAGCAACUGCAUGCUGUUAAAACAUUAUGACAGCAGUAAUGGAAUUUGCCUGUAUUUACUGUUAGACAUGUGGACAUGAGGUCUGUAUUCCAGCAUUUCUGAAUCAUUAAAAGCUAUGCUGAAGUGAUUUUCUCAUUGUUAUGCAAUAACAAAGUAGAAUAUGACGGUUAUUGCAUCAACAAGGACAUUAGAUGCACAAAUAAUGGGCAUGAAUUGCUGAAAAGAAAAUCACAUAACAAAUUGUCAGUGUACAAACUGAAGUAACACAUUAACUUUACUAGUAACUGAUAUAUUUAAAAUCAUUUGCUUGGUUCUUAUAAUGUGGAAGAAUAAUUUUUUGAUUGUAAUAUAGUUACAAAUCAGCA